AUGGCCGCCUCACACACUUCUUUCAGACGCUCCGGCCAAAGUCGCGCCUUCUCUUCACGGGUCAGCCUCUGUGACGGAACCCGGUUAGAUGUUUUUCUCCCAGGACUGGUUUGCCCCCCCGCGGCGUCGUAGUCGGUCGGUCCGGGCUUGUUUCACGUACGAAGGUACAAGUGACUUCCAUUCCGGCUUCACCAGCAGACCCAAGCUCCCCUGCUCUCCAGACAUCCAGAGCCUCAGGCCCGGAAAGGGCAAGAUCCGAACGAUCGCACCCCAGUUCUCCCAGUCCGGACCCCAGCAAACCAGCCGCCCCGGUUCUUCUGGAUCAUCCACACGAAGCAGACAGAGCAGCCAGUCUUCCAGGAAGUGAGGACAGAUCCUUUCCUGAGGAAUCACCUGUCCGGAGCGCUGAAGACACUCGCUGCCCGCCUUCCUGUAACCGGAGCGCUCGCAUCGCUGGCAGCCCGCGGAGCCAAGCGGGAGGUUAUCAGCGCUGGGACAAGGAACACCCUCUCCGCCAAGACACGGGGACUAUCUGAUGGGAUGCCCUUUGGAGCUGGGCCUCAUCCCAGCGCACGGAUCCUCUCCGCCAUGCCAACUCAGCCCCGAGGCACACAGCUUCCGUGCACGGAUGCCCAGAUCGGGAAGCGUCCUUUCCCCGCACUGGAAAACACGCGCGAAAGUCGGCAAACGCCUCGCCGGGGCAGGAUUUCAGUAGUCUGCCGGUUACCUCCUUGUUCUUUGUAGGCCUCUGCAGGAAACAUCAGACGCGUGUAUUCUCCCCACGCCUCCGGUUUCUCCCCUCUCCUCGCCCUUGUGCUGCCCGUAGAAGCUGCCAGGCCUUCUGGGCAUUCCCUGCCGUCUUUCCUACUGAUAGCGCACCAGGUCAGAGGGAUAAUUUCGGAGGGUAGCUGGUCUGCUCUGCAGCGGAAGAGAACGAGUCAAAUCCAGC